AUGCUUUUUUCUGCGUUAAAUGGUCGUUUCGACCUUGUCACUACAACCAUUGGGGAGAAGACUGUACUACUGUGCACCCAAGUGGCAUUCAUUCGUAAUACACAACAAAGCGACAACAAACUUAGCGAUGGUCGCAGCGCAAUUUACCUAUGGCUCUCUGAUGGGGCUUGGGUCUUUGACGUUGAGCAAAUAUCUGCUGAUAAUGCGGGAUACUCCUUCAGCACGCUGUUGCACGCAAAAGAUGUUUUUUUUUUUGCUCUCUACUCGCAGAAAGGGGAGCAUGGAGGGCUAGACAGUCUUGUUUUUGUCCACCUGAAAGAUCAGCUGCAACGCAUCAAGUCCGUGCUUACUUAA